AUGGUGUUUGAACUCACUUUACCGAUUAGUAAGUACCUUCAAACAGAAAAUCUAGACAUUCGUUUAGCUGUUGAAUCUGCAGACAAAACGAAAGAAUCACUAGAACAGUUAAGACAAAACGCAGAUGAAACUUUUACCAAUAUUUUUGGGCAGGUAUCAGCUCUUUGCGAUGAAUUUGGUGUUAAUGUGUCUCUUCUAAGGACAGUAAUUUAG